AUGGGUUCCAAAAACACUGCCUCAGUUGCUCUGUUUAUCUCAGCACUCAAUCUCCUUAUUUUUGCCCUGGUCAAUGCUUGUGCCUCAUGUCCUGCUCCUAUUUCCCAACAUCACCCAACUCCAAACCGAAAACCGGUACCACGCUUCAGCUCCACAGCCACAUGCCCCAGGGAUACCCUAAAGUUAGGGGUUUGCGGUAACGUGCUCCGAAGGUUUCUUAAUCUUGAAGUUGGUAACCCUCUGGUGAAACCUUGUUGCUCUCUCCUGUAUGGCCUUGUUGACCUCGAGGCUGCUGUUUGCCUUUGCACUGCCAUCAAAGCCAACGUUUUGGGUGUCAAUCUCAACAUUCCGGCUGCUCUCAGCCUGCUUCUUAAUGUUUUUUUUAUAAGAAGCCUGCUUCUUAAUGUUUGUGGGAACAAAGGUUCCGAAAGGAUACCAAUGGGCCUAGCCUAA